GUAGCUUAGCUUUUGGAGCUAACCUAUCUUAACGCUGAGCAACCUUUUGCCUGUCUCAUCAUCUCGUUGUUUGCGCACGCGCGCCACCGUUCCAGAAAAGACUGGAAAACUGUGAGCUCCCGCCGAUCCCAAGGUUUUGCUGCAACCGUCGUCGGCGUUCGCCCGCCACCGUCAGUCAGUCAGUCAAAACACUAAAGGGAAAACAAGCCGGUUUGGUUUGCUUUUCGGUCUCUGUCCUACAAUAUUCUCUUCUCUCUUUUUUCCCCUCUUGCUCCAACUCUUAGGCUUGCUUCCCUGUCAGCCUUUUCGUCAAAUCGGUGACGGAAAGUCAUGACGGAUCAUCAUCAUCGUCAUCAACACUCUCCUCACUGUGAGGACACUCCCCUGGAUAAGCGGCUGACUAUCGCGGAGAGCAUGUCGCCAUCAUCCGAGGCAAGCUCCUCUCCCUACAGAGCUGGGUCGGAGAAGCCUGACGCUGUGCGGUCCCCGUCCCGGGCUUCAGAUGAACAAGGACAACUUCCCAUCGAAACAGAGAAAGGCAAUGAUGCCACGCUAGAGGAUGAGACCGCUGCCGCUGCUGCUGCUGGCGCUGGUACCGCACCGCUGGAUCGGGUGCCGUCUCAAGCGCAGAAACUGGGCAAGAAGAAGAUCUUGGUGGUGAUGACCGCUCUCUGUUUGGCUUUGUUCUUGGCAGCUCUAGAUAUGACAAUCGUCUCGACAGCACUACCGACUAUCGCUAAUCACUUCCAUGCAUCCGAGGGUGGGUACUCAUGGAUUGCAUCCUCAUACAUGCUGGCCAACGCGGCCUGUGUCCCCCUCUGGGGUAAGAUCAGUGACGUCUGGGGACGUAAGAAGAUCAUUUUGAUUGCCAACUUUCUGUUCCUGGUGGGCAGUUUGAUCUGCGCGUUGGCUGUGAACCUCCCCAUGAUCAUUGCCGGCCGAGCGAUUCAGGGAGCCGGCGGCGGUGGUAUCAUUGUUCUAGCGAACAUCUGCGUGACCGAUCUGUUCAGUGUCCGGGAACGCCCAAUGUACUACGGCAUUUUCGGCUCGACCUGGGCCAUUGCCGGCGCCCUGGGCCCCAUCAUCGGCGGCGCCUUCACCACCAGCGUGACCUGGCGGUGGUGCUUCUACAUCAACCUCCCCAUCGGCGGCUUCUCAUUCGCCAUCCUCAUAUUCUUCCUCAAGAUCGAAGCCAGCAAAGUGCCGCUGCUAGCGGGACUCCGAUCGAUCGACUGGCCCGGCACGUUCCUGAUGAUCGGCGGCACGCUGAUGUUCCUAUUCGGGCUUGAAUUCGGCGGAGUGAGCUACCCCUGGGCGUCGGCGACUGUGAUCUGCCUGAUCAUCUUCGGGCUAGUAACAUGGGUGAUCGCGUUCCUGAACGAGUGGAAGAUCGCGCGGUACCCGGUGAUCCCGAUCCGACUCUUCAACAACAUCCACAACGUGCUCAUGCUCCUGAUCAACUUCUGCCACAGCUUCGUCUUCAUCUCCGGCUCGUACUACCUCCCGCUGUACUUCCAAACGGUGCUCCUCGCCUCCCCGAUCCUCAGCGGCGUCUACGUCCUCCCCACAGUCCUCAGCCUCUCGAUCUUCUCCGCCGCGACGGGCAUCGUCAUCAAAAAGACCGGCCGAUACCGCGAACUAAUCAUCUUCGGCCUGCUGCUCAUGACCAUCGGCUACGGACUCUUCAUCGACCUCAAACCCUACGCCAGCUGGCCCCGGAUAAUCAUCUACCAGAUCAUCGGCGGCAUAGGCACGGGCCCACUCUUCCAGUCCCCGCUGGUCGCACUCCAAGCAAACAUCCACGUAAGCGACAUGGCCGCAGGGACCGCAACCUUCGGGUUCAUGCGGCAGGUGUCUGCCGCGAUCUCCAUCGUGCUAGGCACCGUGAUCUACCAGAACGUGUUCGCAGCGCACAUGCCGCAGAUCACCGCCGCCGUCGGGCCGGACACCGCGCACGCCAUCGCGUCAUCCUUCAGCGGCUCCCAGGGCGAUCUGCUCCGCGCUCUGCCCGAAACCCAGCGCCAGGUCGUGCUGGAGGCCUACACGACGGCCUUCAGCCGCAUGUGGAUCUUCUACUGCGCGAUCGCCGCCCUCGGCCUGGCGCUUAGUCUGCUCGUUCGCCCCGUUACGCUUAGUAAGGCGCAUACGUUUGCGAAGACCGGCCUCGAUGAGCAGGAGAAGGCCCGCAGGGCGGUUCUGGAGGCCGGCGGUAAGCAGCCGCAGCCGCAGCAGCAGCACCGUUCGGAGGAUAAGGCUGCUGAGGCGGUAUAGCCUUUCUCCAUUUUUUUUUUUUUGUUCCUGUUGGUU